UAUUUCACUUUCAUGAACUGCUAUAUAAGGGCUAAGGUACCAGAAUAUUAUUAACAGUUUGACGAAGUUCAUUUACUGGUGAAUAUGAAAUUCUUUACGGUAUUAUUUUUUAUCGCUUUCGCCGUGGUCCUUGUUAAUGGCCAACGAGGUGGACCUGGCGGACGAGGUGGUCCACAACUAGGCGGCGGUCCUGGAGCUCCUGGUGGUCUUGGCGGCCCUGGUGGUCUUGACGGCCCUGGAGGUCCUGGUGGUCUUGGCGGCCCUGGCGGUCCUGGCGGCCCUGGUGGUCCUGGCGGUCUUGACGGCCCUGGAGGUCCUGGUGAUCUUGACGGCCCUGGUGGUCCUGGUGAUCUUGACGGCCCUGGUGGUCCUGGUGGUCCUGGAGGUCCUGGUGGUCCUGGUGGUCUUGACGGCCCUGGUGGUCCUGGAGGUCCUGGUGGUCCUGGCGGUCCUGGUGGUUGUGGCCCACUUAAUUCCACUACUGUUGCACCAUCUACCACCACAACUGUUGCAGCGAAUUCAACAACUACUACGACCACACUCGCUCCAUAAAUUUAUCAUUAGUUGCUUCAGUUAUUAUAAACAAAUAAUUUGAAUUUCUAAUAAAUGAAAAUAAUUGCAUUAAA